CCGAAGUAACAGCUGACUUGGUGGAAUUACUUCAACCAGGGAAUGACACAACAAGUCCUGGCUGUGUGAAAACUGCUGGUGCGGUGGUGACAAGAAGGAGCGAAACGGUUCGUACCACAACAACUUGAACAAGGCAACAGAGUGGGGACCACGACAACAGUGGGUUAAGUAAAUAUAGCCGGCUGGAGACAUGUGGGUGUGUGUCGUGUUGUUCCUCUCCGUGCUGUCUACCGGACACUGGGCGAUCGGCUGUCCCGACAAGUGCAUUUGCUGGCGGGAUGGGCACGUGAGCUGCGUCGACCAACGGCUGAGGGGCGUGCCCCCCGGGUUGCCCCCGACGACGGUGAACCUGGACUUGAGUUGGAACUCCAUCGCGGGAAUUCCAGCCCGGACGUUCGAGAAUCUGACGCAGCUCCGGUACCUGUACUUGCAAGGAAAUGAGAUCUCUCACAUCUCCGGAGACGCACUGAUGACUAUCCCCUCCAUACAGGAGCUAUGGCUGAGUGAAAACCAGCUACAGGAGUUCCCGUGGGAGGUUGUCCCUCGUCUGUCCUCCCUGUUACGUCUAGACCUGCAGAACAACCGCCUUUCCCACCUGCCGUCUGACAACCUCCCGCCUUUUCCCGCGCUCACGUGGAUUAACCUGGCGUACAACGAGAUCGCCACCAUCGAGGGCGGAUUCCUGGCGAGCCAACCGGUGCUCGAGACAGCCGCCGUGCACAACAACCCCUUCAGCUGCAACUGUUCGCUGCAGUCCUUCCGCGAAUGGCUCGAUGCCACAAAGGUGUCAGUACCGAACAACGCGGACAUCGUGUGCGCCGGUCCGCGCCACCUGCGGGGCCGGAACGUGAUGGCGGUCCCUCUCAGCGCGCUGACCUGCCGACCUCCGACCAUCACCAUCUACCCGACAAACAUCAACGUGCUGGUGGGACACACCACCGUCAUACUGUGCAAUGCUACAGGUGACCCAGACCCGGAUGUAGAAUGGAUCCUCCCCAUGGGUGCCGUGAUCUCGGCCGCCUCCAAAACCCGGCGGAUCCGGGUGCUUCCCGACGGAGGGCUCCUGCUGUCACCGGUCCGCCAGACAGACGCAGGGACGUACAUGUGCAUCGCUACCAACCAGGAGGGUCGUGCGAACGCUACGGCUUCCAUGAACGUGACACGGCUUGACUGCUCGACGGGUGAGUGCCGUCCCAGCGGCCCCAUCCUCACCGACUCCGUUCCCGUGCGUAUCUUCGUGACCUCCGUGACCUCGACCUCUGCGCUGAUCCAGUGGUUCCCUCUGGCAGAUGAACCCCUGGUGUUACCGCUGCCGUACAGGGUUCUAUACUACAGAGUGGGGGAGUCCCUGCAGCAGACAGCCGUGCUCAAGCAAGGAGUCUCUCUGUACAAGAUAAAAAACCUGAAGCCGUCCUCACGAUACUCUGUCUGUGUCACCCAGUCCAUCAUGCCACAGGAUGACCACUGUAUGGAGUUCCGUACAGAAGACGCUGAGCUGACGCACACGUACAUCACGAUUGGCUACACGCUGGGCAGCGUGGUGUUGCUACUCGUGAUCGCUACAAUCGUGUACUGCUACAUGCGCUGCUACCGCAGGAAGAGGAGGGCCAUGGUACAGAGGUCCCUGAACGCAGUGAACCUCUCCAACAACCAUGCGACGAUACCUCGAGCGGAAAAUGGGAUGGCCGUGCACAUGAAUGGACACGGAUGACACGAUCAU